GUAAUAUGGGUAUUGUAUUGCGUGCUAGAUCCAUAGGAACAAUUAGAGAAGUCGCUUCCGGGUCAAUGGACAAGAGUAGGUAAAGAGCGUCUCAUCCGCUGCUUCCUUUCCUCCUCUCCCUUCCUCAAUUCAUCCCCAAAACAAAAUACAGAGGACAACCCCAUCUUUCAACCUCAAUUGUCGAUCAUGUCUUUCAAGCUCCACCCCCUCAUCGACAAUGGAUUGAAGAAAGGCUCCGAGUCCUUCUCCGGCGGCACCCUCUCCUGCCACUGCCCUUCCGAAAAGGUCACCGUCUCGCUCUCCUCAAACGUCCUCCACAACCACGCCUGCGGCUGCUCCAAAUGCUGGAAACCCUCUUCGGCGAUCUUCUCCAUCGUCGGCGUAAUCCCCACCUCCAACCUCUCCAUCACCGCCAACGCCUCCAAACUCCACAUCGUCGAUGCUUCCGCACCCAUCCAACGUCACGCGUGCAAAUCCUGCGGCGUCCACAUGUUUGGAAGAAUUGAAAUCGAGCAUGCGUUUAAAGGAUUGGAUUUCGUGCAUGUGGAGUUGAGUGGAGAGGAGGGCUGGCAGGAGCCCCAAUUCGCGGCGUUCGUUAGCAGUGUGGUUGAGCAGGGGCUUGUGGCGCCUGAGGAUAUGGAGGGAGUGAGGGGGCAGUUGAAGGGCGUAGGGUUGGAGACUUAUGAUGCGUUGAGUCCUGGUUUGAUGGAUGCGAUUGCCACUUUUGUGGCGAAGAAGAAUGGUACUUUGAGGACUUCGAAGCUUUGAAAUUAAGUGAGGUUGAG